UCAUUUAAUUUUGGGCGGUUUUUGUGCUUAAUUAUUGUGCUGGCUCUCAAUAUGGAUACACGUGAACAGCUCAGCCUCGUAAAGAAGAUUGUGCAUUCUGUGCUGGUGUCGUCGCCGGAGAUAAUGACGAUCCAAAAACUAAGUCGCGACUACAAGGAGAUGGAGGGCUCAGAAGUGCCGCAUCGGCAGUUCGGCCACAGAGACGUCGAAACUUUUCUCCGCUCCAUUCCAGACGUCGUUACGGUGAUCGGAUCUGGACCUAUGGCUCUUGUCCAUCCACUGGCAACUGCAAAGUCGGCGCACAUUCAGAAAUUCGUCAGCCGCCAGAAGAUUAAAUCCAGAAAGUCAAAAUUUCAUGCUGGACAGAAGCAAACGUUUUUGUAUAACCCGAAGCCAUCAAAUUUGGGUUUUAUCAACGAGUCUGUAAGUAAGGCCUCGUCUGUGCAGAUGCACAAUCCGGUCAAUACGUUUCGGCCGCAAAUGUAUCCACUUGUGCUGCUCCCAAACGGGCAGUUCUUUAAUCCCGCCUUCCAGCAGCCUCCUGCUUACUGUCACUGGAAGAACGCCCAAACCAAUUAUCCAAUGAAUGAUUUCAAUCGCCCUCAAAUGAGAGUGCGUCCGAGUUUCAAUCAACCCGUUCUUCCGCAGAGAAUGCAUAACAUGCAUAACUAUCUGCAACCCAUCCGAAAUCCAAAUCUAGAUCAGCGUCCACACCCACCAAGGCACACUUUGACUGCAAUACAAAAUCAACCGCCAAUACGCAACCCAACUCGAGAGCUCGCUCCGUCUGCGCGCUUUGAUUCCAUAGUGAAUUCAUUCAAUAAUCUAUCACUUGCUAAAGAUGAUAAUGUCCCAACUGGUGAGGUGAAGAAACAGGAGAGAACUGUGACUGAUGAGAAGCAACUGCCCAUCGAAUCCUACAGGUCCGACGAUCAUAAAGUCCUACCGAAUGUCACGGUGCCUGAAAAAGAUCCAGUGUCCGAAGCGAAGCAACUGCCCACCGAACCCUACAGCUCUGACGAGCAUAAAGCGCUACCUAAUGUCAGUGCGCCUGAAGAAGAACCAGUAGUAGAGCUGGGGGAACCCGAUCGUGUUGUGCUUGAACUCGCCAAGCCGAAAGUGGCUGUGUCCGACGUAUACGAUUCCUCCAGCGAUGAUUGCAAAGAUACUGAUGCCUUUCCAGCGUAUGCUGUGGAUCACCGUGUUCUCAGUGUCGACUAUCCGCGCGACGCGGUUCGCUCCGAUUACAAGUUGUCUCGUCUCGACUUGGAAAAAACUCUCAAAGUGGAUGAGCGCUACUGCCUACAGCUUGUGGAGGUGACCGAUCCGCAUAGUUUCCACUUCUGGAUAUUCGACGACUACGACCUAUAUCAUACCUUGUCGCACAACAUCCAGAAAUUCUACAGAGACUUGGCUUCAACGACGUUCACGAUGCCGAAGUACCUGUUGACACCCGGCCAUCUGUGUGUUGUCUGUCCCAGCAAUACAUCGGUGUGGGAACGCGCCAAGAUUGUCAGCCAACGUACCGACAAUGUACGAAAGACAAUCGAGGUAGAGUUAAUCGAUACGGGCAUUGUCGAUACCGUCUAUAAAAAAGACGUUAAAUUUUUAAUGGAACAAUUCGCUAAUAUGCCGCCGCAAGGAAUGGAGGGGCGCCUGGCUUAUGUGUCUCCGGUUAAAAGUCUGCACUGGCCAUCGAAGGUUGUCAGCGCAUUCAAACAUCAAGUGUACAACCGCAGACUCUUCGGAAAAGUGGAGGCCAUCAAGAACAACAUAGCGUAUAUGGUGCUCGUCGAUGAAGAUUAUGUAAAUUUGAACCUUUCGCUGAUAGACUCCGGCUUGGUGCGUCGCCGCUUGACGGCUUAGCAGACAAUUCUUUUACAUUAAUUACCUAACAUUUAUAUCUUAUCUCGUUUUUGUUUUUUGUUUUUUUUUUCGACAUGGAAUGUCAAAUUUGUUUC